UUAAAUCUAGUGAACUAUAGACCACAUGGUUUGGGCAUCAGAGAAGAAUCCGGAUGCUGACUAGAUAGGCUGCUGGUAAGGUUUUGAGACACAGCCAGAAAGCACCGCUGCUAAAGCAGCAUUCUUCUGACUCGCAGAGCUCCGGGCGAACCAUCUGACAUCGCAGGGCUAUUCGCUCUGAAAGACAGCAAUCAGCCAUUUUAGCCUUGCGCGCACAUCCAUGCCAAAACAACAAAGCUUCCAUGAGGCACAAAAGCAAAAGACCGAGAGUUUUAGACAAUAAUAAAAACAGCUGCUCUUUUAUUUACGCGAGUUGCCUGUUUUCGAACUGAAUUCUAGCAUGUGCCACAUGUGACGAUUGUAGGAAUGUGGAGCAUGGGAUCACAGCAGCUCUUCACCUACAGCUCGGAAUCGUCUUGGGAGAUGACAGAUGGAUGCAUAGGGAGGAUCGAAGCCUGCCAAUCAACAUUGUGAACUCAUCAUGGACCAGGGUUUCAGUUUCAGCACACUGAAGAAGUUAGCGGCCGAGCCAGAUCACACUGACGUUACUCUGCCAGCGGUAGAACGUGUGCGGGCGCUCAGCAAAAUGGGCUAUAACAUUGAAAUAAAUGAAGACAUCGCCCCGCGACGCUACUUCCGCUCUGGCGUAGAGAUGGAGCGCAUGGCAGCUGUUUAUCUAGAGGAGGGAAGUCUGGAGAAUGCCUUUGUCCUCUACAACAAGUUCAUCACUUUAUUUGUUGAGAAACUCCCCAGUCACCGGGACUAUCAGCAGUGCAACGUCCCCGAGAAGCAAGUAAUAAUGAAGAAAUUGCAAGAAGUGGCCUUUCCACGAAAGGACCAAUUGAAGAGACUUCUCCAUGAAAAAUACAACAAAGAACACAGUGAAUAUCUGAAGAGUCAGACUCAAGCCAUGGCUGUAGACAUGUGUAGUGAACGACUGCAGAAGAUGUCUCUUCUGGAGGAAGAACGACAACGUGUAGCACAGCUCCGGAAGAUGCAAAUCGAGUCCGAGCAGUUCCGCUACUUCGAGGACCAACUGCGUAGACAAGAGCUGGCCAGUCGCAGGGAUGAGGCUGUCCCCAAAGUGCCUGAACAAACUGACGGGUCCUGUUUAUCCCAGACCACGAGAAACCAUGUGCGCCUUGACCCCAAUCGUAACAACCCGGCGGCCCCCAUCACCAAACCGGCAGCCACCUUAGCAGCUGUACAAAAUCAGCGUGUUGAAGGCCUGAGGCGGGUUUUAAUCCCACGAGACUUGACUUACAGGUUCCUUCUUCUGGCUGACAGUAACACAGCGAGAGGAAUUGAGACGUGUGGAGUUCUCUGUGGAAAACUGACGCACAAUGAGUUUGUGCUGACCCAUGUGAUCGUCCCCAAGCAAUCUGCUGGCCCUGACUACUGUGACAUGGAGAAUGUGGAAGAGCUGUUCAGUUACCAGGACCAUCAUAACCUUCUGACCUUGGGCUGGAUCCAUACACACCCGACACAGACGGCCUUCCUUUCCAGCGUGGAUCUGCACACACACAGCUCUUAUCAGCUCAUGCUACCUGAGGCCAUCGCUAUUGUUUGUGCACCUAAACACAAUGACACGGGAGUGUUCCGUCUCACCAGUGCAGGAAUGGGAGAAGUGGCUGGAUGCAGAUUGAAAGGUUUUCACCCCCACUCUAAAGACCCUCCUCUGUUCACUAUUUGCAAGCACAUUGUGGUGAAGGACUCGAAAACGACAGUUCUGGACCUCAGGUGACAGAGGAAGAGAUGAUAUAUUUCAGUGUCAGCAAACCAUUGAGAAUAUUUAUAUCUUUCUUUACUUGAAGGCUUUUUUGUAUUUAUUUAUUUUACAAAAAGGUACUGUGAAACAGAAUCCCUCAGCUACACCGUUUGUUUAGAGCAGGUUUGGUGAAGUUAUUGAGAUGUUCCAAUGAUGUUUUGUGUUUUGUUCGUGGCCAGGUGUUUAAAAAAAUGUUGUGCCGUGUUUGUCCUCACGGUGGCGUCCUUUAUCAAGGUAUACUAUGAGGCUGCUACAAUGUGAAUUAAUUUCAGUACAUUUUAAAAGCAGGUUGUGUGUUUGUGUGAGAGAGCGAGAUUUGCCUUUUGAUAUCCAGUGAUAUCACUUGCAGUUCUCAUUCUAAUACAAUAUAAACUGAAGAAGUUAAAUUUCUUUUUAAACCUAACUGAAUUUUCUAGUUUUGUGUAUGCUGCUGGUACAAAAAUAAAAUGAAUUGCUACGAGUGUCAUUUCUAAGCCUUACUACGUUUUACUAUCAUUUUUGUGGUUGGAUGGUUGAUAAUUAUACUUUGUAUAUAUUCAGACAGUUCAGAUAAUUUCAGGCUAAAGGAUAUCUGUCUUUUCAAACUUCAGCCUAAUGAUGCAAUAUGAAGUUGGCCAGUGAGCUGACUGUUUUGAUUUCUAACUUCAGCAUUUUUUUCCAAUGUGGAUCUAAUAACAAGGGAAGUGACUCUUGAAAGCUCCCAAAACAAUAAGCAAAGAAAGAAGAGACAUUACCAGAGGGCCUUGAAUUCACUGAUCUCAGGGUUACAUUCCCUCACUUUAACAAUUAGAUUUUUGUCUCCACUGUUUUUAUUGUUUGGAAAGAAAACUUUUUGUCACCAGCGUAAGAUGAAAUUCACAGUAUGAUAAAUUGUGAACUGAUUCCUGCAGUUCAGAGAGUGUUGACUUGUUUUUCUUGUACAAUGUGGCAUUGGAUUGUUUCUUCAGUGUGUGGCUGUGUGCCAGUGGCUCCACUGACAUGUGCUGUGCUGUACAAUGAGACUUGUGUGUCUGUACAAGCAACAUUUUUCCAGCGCAUUUCUUAAUAAAAAGAAAACCGGCUCUGCUUUCAAA